AAAGAAAAGCACCACCAUGGUUGCUUGUUUUCAUUAGUGACUACUUAAGCAGUUGAAAGAAAGCACAAGAGAAAGCACUAUCUUCUUUGUGUGAGUGUGAGUGAGAAAGAGAGAGAGAGAGAGAGAAUGGAUUGUAAUCUGAAACUUUUCUUUUUUGCAUUUUUUCUAUCUCAAAUCCAUGGAUACAUAGUUGCUUCUACUUUCCCUCUUGAUUUCCCUGUUGCAUUACCUAGUUGCAUAGACCGGUGCUACCGUACUGAUGUUCGUGUUCCUUACCCUUUUGGGAUAGGCAAAGGUUGUUACAAGAACAAAUGGUUCGAGGUUGUCUGCAACCGCUCAUCACGCCUCUCUCUUCCUUACCUGCCAAGCAUCGGACUGGAGGUUGUUUCGUUUUCCCUUACAGACGACUUUAUAUAUGGCUAUCGUUAUUACAAGAGCAACGGGUUUCAAAUUCAGAGUCCAACGAGGAAUUUAGGCUGUUCAUAUGGAAUAGACUAUAUCCGAUCUUUGAAUCUAACGGGGAGUCCAUUCUUCAUAUCAGACAAUAACAGGUUCACUGUUGUUGGAUGUAACAUCAAAGCGAUGAUGGUGGGAACAGGGCCCCAAACUGUUGGAUGUGAAGCGAGAUGUGGGAAUGAGACCCAGUAUUACAAAGAUGCUGACAAGAGCUGUGUCGGAUAUAAGUGCUGCCAGACCAAAAUACCGCCUGGUCUUCAAGUGUAUGAUUCAACUGUGGAGAAACUGGGACCUGGUAAAAACUCAUGUCAGAUGGCCUACUUGUCACGAGAGGACUUCACAAGGUACGAGCUUAAUUCAUCCGAUCUAACAAAUCACUAUACCCUGAACAUGGAUCUGGAAUGGCGUCUUGAAGUUUCCCCCAAGAUCUCUCCAGAGAGUUCACAAUGCGAGAUUAGUACAAGCGUAAUCCGCACGGAUGAUCAGUAUAAGUAUCAGUGCAGCUGCAAAAAUGGUUAUGAAGGCAAUCCUUAUCUACCUGGUGGAUGUCAAGACAUUAAUGAAUGCAAAACUAUAUAUGGAGUGUGUGGAAAGCACAGGUGUGUGAAUGUGCCUGGAUCAUUCAGAUGUGAAAAAACAUGGCCAGCCAUUCUAGGUGGAACUCUAAGCUCCGGAUUGUUGCUUCUAGUCAUUGGAACGUGGUGGCUAUGCAAGGUUAAUAAAAAGGAGAAAGCAGAGAGGCAGAAGAGGAAGUUCUUCAAACGAAAUGGAGGUUUGUUAUUAGAGCAACAAACAUUCUCCCAUCAAGGCAGUGUCAACAAAACAAAACUGUUCAGCUCCAAUGACCUGGACAAAGCAACUGACAGAUUCAACGCGAGCAGAAUACUAGGGCAAGGCGGCCAAGGUACAGUUUACAAAGGGAUGUUGGAAGAUGGGAUGAUCGUUGCCGUCAAAGUCUCCAAAGCAUUGAAAGAAGAUAAUCUCGAAGAGUUCAUCAACGAGAUCAUCCUUUUAUCUCAGAUCAACCACAGAAACGUUGUCGGGAUCUUAGGUUGUUGUCUUGAGACAGAGGUGCCUAUGCUGGUGUAUGAGUUCAUUCCCAACGGAAGCCUUUUCGAUCAUCUUCAAAACCCAUCAGAAUACUUCCCAAUGACUUGGAAAGUACGUCUCUGCAUCGCCUGCGAAGUAGCUGAUUCACUAUCCUACCUGCAUUCAGCCGCAUCUGUUCCGAUUUAUCACAGAGAUGUCAAGUCAACAAAUAUCUUGUUGGAUGAGAAGCACCGCUCAAAGGUAUCAGAUUUUGGGAUUUCGAGGUCCGUUGCUAUUGAUGAUACUCACCUGACGACGAUAGUGCAAGGAACAGUUGGAUAUGUAGACCCGGAGUACCUCCAGUCAAGCCACUUCACAGGGAAGAGUGACGUCUACAGCUUUGGCGUUGUGCUCAUUGAGCUUUUAACCGGAGGAAAACCUGUCUCUGUACUGAGGCCACAAGAAGUAAGGAUGUUGGGAGCUUACUUCCUCGAAGCCAUGAGGAAUGAGAGACUUCAUGAGAUUCUCGAUGCUCGCAUCAAGGAGGAAUGUGAUCAAGUGGAAGUACUUGCAGUAGCCAAACUAGCGAGAAGGUGUUUGAGCUUGAACUCAGAGCAUCGCCCUACCAUGAGAGAAGUCUUCAUAGAGCUGGAUAGGAUGCAAUCCAAGGGAAAUGGCGCUCAAAGCCUAGCAGAAAAUGGUGAAGAGCACACACACAUCCAGAUAGCAAUACCAGAGUCUAUGUCACUCAGUUACUCUUCUCCGUGUACAGUCUUACCGGACUCAAAACCACUCAUGACUCACAAUACACAGUGACUGGAAUAACCUUCAAGGUCUUAUUACUCGUGCGAAUGUACUCCAUAAGUUUAUCCAAUAGUUCCUGUAUGUAAUUUAUAAGACUUCAUGUAGCAAAAUCAAGGAAAUAAGCGAAGAAAACCUUUGUAUAA